AAAGAUGGCGGUGAUGAGUACGCCAUGUUUUUUGUGAUGUUCGUGCAUUAGGCAAAUUUUUUGAGAAUUGUAAUCUGUAUAAGCAAAAUGGCUGAUGAUGAUCCGUGGUUAUUAAAGGAAGACGGUUAUUUAAAUGUGGAUACUGAGUGUAAAAGUAUAAUCUAUCAUGCUAAUCUAAAUGUGUUACUAAUUACUACUGGCAGUGCGCAAGUAUAUGUAUUUGAUGUCAACUCAGGAGUAAUUUUGCAAAAAAGUUCUUUAUCAGGAAAAUUAAAUGGAAAACUUCAAGGUACAUAUUUGUCAAAUGGUGUAGAUAAAAUAUUAUAUACAGAUGGGAGAGGAAUUGGAGUACGUAGUGAUUAUAACGGUGUACUCUUUUUGGACACACUUUUACAAACACCUGUUUCAAGAAGUGAAGACAUUGUAAAAUUAGAGUUAUUGUUUUCUGAAGCUACUUUAUUAUAUCAGUGUUUAAGAUGUGUAGAGUUACCAGGUGUAGAUCAUGUGCAAGAAGUAAAAGAAGAAUUAAUAAGUAAAACCUUUGUAAUAGAAGCAAAUCAGAAAAAGGGAAUCAAAGCUCAAAAAUGGAAUACAGUAUGUUUGGAAUUACCACAUGGUUCUCUGAAACUUGUGUGCUCAGGAUUAGUAACGGAAUUGAAGAGAUUAAGCAGAUAUAUUCCAGCAUUGCCAAUUGCUUCUGCCAUUAAUGAACGAUUAAAUGGCCUAUUACCAGGCCUGCCAUUAGAAGGAGGUCCUGCUGAUAAAGCAUUAAUGUUUAGUGAAGCUACACGCCGAGAUACUUUUUCAAAAUGGCCACACAUGAAUUACAAAUGGGCUUUGCCAGAUCAAAUGGCACAGGCUGGUUUCUACCAUCAACCAAAUGCAACAGGUGAUGAUAGGAUAAUGUGUUUUACAUGCAAUGUGUGUUUAGUUUGUUGGGAACCAACGGAUGAACCUUGGUCGGAACAUGAACGUCAUUCCCCAGCAUGUCCAUUUGUCAAAGGAGAAUAUACGCAAAAUGUUCCUUUGUCCGUUAUUCUUGCUACUGCUCCUGCACGUGAGGCUGGUGAUACUGUAGAUGUGAUUAGCACUACAAAUGUCAGUGGCCUUGUAGCUACAGCUUCCAGUGGAGGUUUUAUUAAUGUUUGGAAUGUAACAAAUCAAUUAAAGAGGGAGGUGUCAUUUUAUGUGGCUCCUAUAGAUCAAGAAAUAAAUAAUAAAGACUCUAUUCAAUUUGGUUCCACGAGAAAUUUGACAUCAUAUUUAAGGACACUUAAUUCAGAAGCAGAUCCCCUUUCUGAUUUUAAGCAUUCAGGUUCUCAUAAAGUGCAAGUCACAGCAUUGUCUGUAGUAGGUUCUCCUAAAUUUCAAAACAGUGAAGCAAAUACAUCUGGUUCUACGCUUUUAUCUGUAGAGACAUCAGACUCUAAAAUCAGGCCAUGUGUAGUGUGUGCUGUUACUGUGACAGUUAGUAACCCAUCACAAUUAAGGACUUUAGAAAAUGUGUGGGCUGCUUCAACAGAUUUAGCUUCAUCAUCAUCUCUUGUUCGUGCAAUGAACAGUGUAAAUAGUGCUGCCAGUGAUACUUUAGAUAUAAUGAAGGUAGCAGGUGAUAAGUAUGCACCAUCAAGAUUGCACUAUUUAGUAUUUUAUGAUUUUCACCAUAAAACUGCAACAACACAACCAAUUAAAGAAGAUAAUGCUAAGGAGACUAAGGCUAAAAAGACAUUAUCUGGAACAGGCACUAGUGCUAGUUCAAACGGUGAACGUCAAGAAAAUUUAUAUCAAGAGUUUUUGGUUAGUAAAUUUUUUUAUGAAGUUCCAGUAAUAGAGGAUGUAGAUGCAGAUGUAGUUGGUCCACAUUUUGAUGGUAUUUUUCCAACAUCUGCUCUUUCUGCAUCAUCUUCCAAUGGGAUCUAUUCAAGUCCAAUUGGUAUCACAGUACCAGCAUCCAGUUCAUUUGACGCCAAUUUUAAUCCUAUAAAUUGUCCAGAACAUUUUGCAUCAACAUCUGAUCUAACUGCAAAUAAGAAAAGUUUGGAUAUUAUGAAAAUAACAAAGACUGAACCAGUUGUUGUAAAGACAUUACCUAUCGAAGCUCCUGAUUUUAUUAAAAUUACACACAUUGAACCAUCUAAAGAUGGCAGACAUUUAUAUGUUGCCAUGUCUCCUACGACAGAUAACACAGAUUCAUUAAUUUCAAAUAAUAAUCAGAUGGAUAUUGACGAGGAUAGUGAAUUUUUCCCUCAGAAAGGUUAUGUGUAUUGGGACCAUAAUGAUACACAGUCUGAUAGACUAAUAAGUGGUAAUGAUGACGUAAAUAACAUGAAUACCGUAUUACUUGUGUAUGCUUUGGAUUUUUCGGGACAAGUGGUGAAGGUAUUUUCUGAGCCAGUAGCAAAACGAGAAUUAUCUGCAGAUGAAGCUCCUGUUGAACAUGUGUUUUUACCAUUUCAAGACAAAAAUAAAUAUACAUUGUCUGAUGAAAACUUUAGUAGGUGUUCCACUGCUGCUCCAAGUGUAUCAGAACCUGUAGGACAAGUGGCUCUAGUAUGCAGAGAUGGUAUUGUCAGAGUAUUAAAUUUAAAUUCAUUGAAAACUGUUACUGAAGCAAGGGUAGAAGGCAAAAAGUUUAUUUCUGCAGCCUAUUGCACUAGCUUAGAGAGAUUGUGUGCAUGUACAAGUGAUGGUGCUCUUCACUUUUUUAUUACUACAGAUGAAGAAGAUUCUAUGGAAGAUAAGGAGGAUAUUGAGGAUAUUAAUAUGAUGACAGCUGAAGAAAGUAGUAAUAAAAGUACAAUUCCUAGCACGUCAACAUCAUCUGCUUUUCAAGAUCAAUUAAUUGCGCACAAAUUAAGUUUCUCGUAUUUGGAUUUACGUUCUCUUUAUGAAUUGACACGAUUUGACCAUCAUUCUCCCGCAUAUGGUGCUACUGUUCCUCCUUGUUGGAAUGAAAUGAUGCAAGCCCAAAGACAGCGUCGUCAUCCUCAACAUUUUCAUCAAUCAGAAGAUCAACACCAUACUCGUACAUGGCGUUUACACAAUGAGCGAAACACUUGGGACGAGCACAUAUUUGAAUUGACUCUUCCUCGAAGUGCCGCAGGACGUAUUGGUCAUGUGGAUGUACGAUAUAGUUUGCAUUCAGUUUGUCAAGAAUUGCCAUCGAUUCAAAUUACUUUAUUAAAACAAAAUAUUAAAAGGAUUGGUCAUCAUGAGCCUUUAUUAACUCCUGUGGAUGAAAGAAUAGAUUUUAACAUAGGUAAUGAACAAAAGGGAGAAAAUCCUGUAAUCACGGAAGAGUUUCAGAAACAACAUAAUACUGAAAUUUUAUGUGGGCCGAUUGAUUUACAUCGUAGUUUAGAUUUAUCUUGGCGUUCUGGUUGUGUUACAUUGACUAGUCCAAAAUUGUUUCGUUCUAAAGCCAGAACGCUUCUUAUUCAUAUUAAGGCUCUAAUUGAUCCUGCGAAAGAUAAUGCUACGCCAAAGUCGAAAACAACAAAUUCAUCAGAUAACAAACCUCCUAUAUCUAAAAAGUUAAGGAUAGUCGAAGUACGUCGAUUUGUAGAAGGUGCAAGUAGUAAGAAAUUAGAUGUUUACAUUGGUUGUGAUUGUAUUUAUGAAAUAUCAAUUACUGUUCGAACGGUGUAUUCCACUAAUAUACUAAAUGAAAGGGCGCAACGAUGUGCUAUGUUAGAAUCUAAAAGUUGCUUUGAAAAUUUAUUAAGUGUAGCUUGUUUACAGACGGCUGACAAGUCUCCAAUUGCACAAUCACUUGCGUUAGAUAUUCUUGUAUGGAUAGCCUCUAUUAGAUUAACGAGGCUUCGUAGCAAUCAAAAUACCGAAAUAAAAAACUUUCAGUUGGAAACAAUUCGUUCAGUGCAGACACGAUUAUCUAAUUUAUUGAGAACUUGUCUUUUGCAUGCUGGUCGAAGUAUAGCGCACAAGUGUAUAAAAUUAAUUAUGCUUUGUAAUGGUGGUUUUUAUAAUUUGGAUGACCCUCCACCUCAAUCUUUUGACGAAGCUUUAGUAUCUGUAUUAGUAACAUUAUUACCAUCGAUUGUAGAAGUUGAGUGGGCUGGUUCACUACGUUGGUUACAACUAUUAAUUAAUAGAACUUUAAUACGAGAUAGAAAUCAUAGUAUUGCUCAACAAUGUAUUUCUCUAAUACAACAAAUAGCUGCUGAAAUAUCGAAUCGUGUAAAUCCAUAUCAUUUAUUACUUGCGACGAGAUUUGGUUUGUAUAAUUCUCCGUUUGAGACCGAAUUAUUCGACUUGGAAUCGCCGAUGCCUCCCAAGUAUAGUCCUAUAUCUCCCACAUAUGUGUCAGCUGUAGCUAAUGAACAAACGGGACCGUCAACUGCUUCACCAAGUUUCAUGUAUUCUCAGGAUGCUAUUGAUUUGAGGGACCUACUUACACUGCCUACACACCCAACUAGUGAACUUGUGGUAUCUAGCAAAUUGAAGGCUUUAUGUGCUAAUCACAAUAUGAAAGGACUUUUGGAGGUUGAGCCUCUUCACUUCACUUGUCUUGCUGCUUCUGAUGGUACCAAGAUGGAGAAAAUUGACCCAUGUAUGAAUAUUGGAGCACCUCUUUAUGAUAGUACAGCUACAAACAAUAACGGUGUACCUGACAUCAAAACUACUCAUCACACUUACAACUUGGAUGCUGGAUCACUAGGAGCUGAUGUUCAGGCUAAGUCAACACCUAUGUUAAGUGAUCUACUUAGUCUAUGUACAGGAAGAAUGUUAAAGAAGCCAGCUCCACAACUGAUAUUCACACCUGAUGAUCAAUCAGACUGUGAUGAAGCUAAUGAUAUGCCUAUCAACAAUCAGACAUGGCAUAAUACACAAAAUGAUAUGCCUACUUCACGUAUAUUAAGUUCUACUGUAACGAAAGAAAAGUCGUCUGUACAAAAUAUCAAUACUACUAUAAACAAAGUUGAAGACAGCAAUUAUAAAAAGCGAAAAGAUGUUACAUUUCCAUGGGGAAGACUAUUGUGUUGGCCACCCCAACAAGCAUUAGUGGUCGAUCGAAUGCAUUCUGGUGCUCGUCGUUUUGUUAUCCUCGAUUUUGGAUCACCUGUGUUGCUUACGGAUUUGAUUAUACCUUGCUGCAGUGAUUUAGCAUCAUUAUCUAUAGAUAUAUGGACAAGAAAAGAAGAAAUUGAUGGUACCCGACUUAUUGUUGCUGGUGAUAUUGGAAAUAGGUCUUUGGUUGUAUGCGAUCUUCAACCACCACCUGUUUGUAGAUACCUGAAGAUUAUAAUCAUAGGUCGAUAUGGAAUGUCUCCUACUAUGUGUAAAAUUCCAUUAGGGAUUUUCUACGGACACAUGAUGGUUUUACCUGGAGAAGAUUACGCGGAAUUAAACAGUAAUUCAUCAGCUUGUGAUGACACGUUUGAUUCUAAUGUGCAAGCUACUAUCAAUACACAGUGCAAUAUAUUGUCAGCUCUCGCGGAAGACGUGCAGUGCAGAUUUAGUCUAGCCACUGAGAAACUAAAAAGCCUAUUGGAUCCACUUUUGUGUUCAGAAACUACUAAUGUUAUGCAUAUGCAACACUAUCUUUCUUUUAGUAAAGUAUCUAAUGAAAAUAAAGAGCUGUCAUCUGUAAAAAUAUUGACUACAUACCAAGAAUGUAUAAUGUUUCAACAUCAAUUAAAUGUCGUGCGUGGUGUAUGGAGACGAUUGGAAUCGUGGAAAGGUUCUCAAACCAUACCUACAAUGUCUUUAGCAAAUGCACCAACUGAUAAAUUGCGAGCUCUGGGAGAAACUUUACUCGAUAUUCUCUUGUUUGUAGGAUAUGAAAUUGGUCCAAUACCUAGCAUACCGUUAUCAAUAUGUGAUGUUUUUACACCAACUAUUUGUGAAAAGUUUUUUCAUUCGAUUUGUGUUGUUACACCAGCUCCACGGUUACAACUGCAAGCCGUUGCACUUUUAACGCGUAUGGCAGGUCAUCAACCUUGGUGGGGUAAUUUUUUGUCUAAUGUUUUAAUUAAUCUUUACUCGUCGUCGUCUACGCACAUAUUCCCACAAGACAGAGUAUUUAUCUUGCUAACUCUUCUUGGGCGUAAAUCAUUGAUUGCUGGAGUUAAUAGGUCUUCUGUGAUAGAUGCUAUGGUUCGUACGCUAGGCAAAUUGUUGGCACCAUUGUCAAAUUCUCAAACAUCUGAUACAAAUCAUUUGGACAUAACACUUAUCGGUUGGGUACUGCUUUUCUUGUCAGUAUGUUUAGAUACUAUAACGAUUCCAUCUACUUGUUUGGAGGAAAAUAAUGAUAAAACUAGAGAACAAGGUUCAUCUUCUCGUUGGGAGUUUAUUCAAGGGGAAUCUGCAAUGCAGAGGAAAUAUGGUAAUGCCAAUCGUUCUAUAAGUUUUAGUUAUCGUAAAAAAUUACAAAAACAUAUAAUGCAUCACAAGCAACAACUUCAAGAGUUAGAGCAAGCAAAGAAAGCGUUCCAUACGUCAUCGCAGGGAUGGACUAAUCUUUCACAUACUGCUUCGUUGUGCAAUAAAAUGAAAGCAACAUUAAAGUCACAGGAGCAGUUCUUUAAGAAAACAUUAAAACAAAAUUCUGCCAAGCAUUUCAAAGAUAUUCUUAGUAUUCGUAAAAAUGAUACGCAACAUUCUUCUCGUAGUUCACAACCACAGGCAAACACAAGUUCUAGCAAAUCGGAAACAACGGAUAUGGAUGUUGAAUAUAUAUCCAACUUAUCACAUCAAAAUGUUUUGCCUGUUGCACGUGGACUUAUUGCUCUUAUUUUAUAUAAUUCUGCUAAUGUGGAUAUGUUCCUACUAGCUUGCAAGGUAGUCGCUAGGCUAGUGAUAUCUACACGUCCUGCAAUUAGCUUGUGUGAGCUUAUGAGCGAAGAACAGCUCCUAAAAUUAGUCAGAUUGGCAACGGGUACUUCUGACGCGGCCUGGUCUUCACAUGCAGUUUCGUGCCUUUUACAGGAUUUAUUAGAAGGCGGAAAACUAACUCCGAAAACGUGUUCUACACAUGAAGGAAAUUCUUCCGAGGAAAACUUUGAAUCUCUUGUUACGGAGAAGAGUCGAACACCAGAAGAAGAAUACGUUAGUGCUGCUGAAACAAGUAAUACUACUGUUCCACUUGGUAAUGAUGAAGGGUUUGCGGAUGGUGAAGGGGAAGACGAUGAUGGUAUAGUGGUGUUGUCUGCAGGUGCUUCAACAUCAAAGUCCAAUGGAUUUUUGCCUUCCCUUUUAGAGUCUGAUGACAGUGAACUUGAAGAUUUCUUGGAUGAUAUUUUAGAACGUGGUAGGAAUACAUUAAAGAAAGGCCAUCCAUUACCUAAGAAUGUAGACAUAUCCGGGAUUUCUUUAGCAAUGGAUGCAAGAUUGGAAUAUGGUGUAGAAAUGGGAAUAGAGUUAUCAUUAAGGAUAUUGUCUAUGUUCAGCAUGUAUAAUUUACCUUAUAGUAUAAGUACCACGAUACAUGUACCAUCAGAAUCAAAUCGAUAUUCCCAACAGUCAACAUCAAAAGCAGAAUCUAAUUGGAAUGAGAGAAGUGAAGACGUUUGGAAUUCACCUGAUACAAUUUCUUCGAGUUUAAUAAUGUUAACAAGGUGUUUUGACAAAAUAUUUACAGAAUUAUAUUUACAGACUGCGGAAACAAAUUUGGAACUUAUUCUUCAGCUUUGGUUAACGUUGAAUUUAGAUGCUUCCACAGAACAAUCAAAUUCCUCAAAUCAAUUUGAUCCUUCACUUACACCCGUUAUACCUUUAAGUUCAACAGCUAUUUCAAACCUUAUAUCUGCAUUGCACCCGGGAGUUUCUUUGCGAGCUUGGUGUCUCGCUCUUCAGUGUUUGACUCUGGCAAGUAAUCAACCAUUACAGACAAAUCCUGCAGAAGCUGCAAAUAGUAGACAACCAUUGGAUGGUCUUCUCGGUGGUAUGGCUGGGUGUAUCGUAAAAGAGCGUAAUAUGGGUCCUAUGCUUUUGCGUUUACUUUCUGGAAGCGGGUUAAAUGUUAACGCAAUGGACAAACAAUACAUUAUGGCUGGUCCUACUGUUUGCCAAGCAUUGCAAUAUUUUCUAGUUAGGUUAAAAAUGAGAUGCGAUGUAAUUACACCUGGCAGUACAUUAGGGAAUGCAUUAAAAGAACUCUUAUUGUGGGUGAUAUAUCAACUAGUACAACCUGGUGGAGCCCUAUCUUCAAGAAGAGGACCUUUAGAUGCACAGUACAAACUUAUAACGUCAUUAACAAAUCUAUAUUUUGCCAAUACAGAUCUAGGAACUGCAAUGAGUAUAACAGAAUGCGUCGGAGUACUAGUUUCUACUUAUGUUAGAGGUUCUGAAGUUGGAGCUCAAUGUAGCGGUACUGGUGAUCUAGCAAAUUCAUCUGGUGGAUUUGGAAGUUUAUUUGCUUGUGUAUUUGGUGGAGAUACCAGACAAGAUCAUCCCACAUCGUGGGAUACUCUAGUCGUAGCUCUUAUUAAAUUAGUAUGUCGACUUAUUCAAACACCUUUACCAGAGAGUUGCUCAGAUCGAUCUGAUGAUUCAAUGAGAAUAGAUCUUUCUGAGACUGAUUUCGAUGCAAAUAUUGAUAUUAAUGAUACUCAAAUGAAUGUAAAUAUCUCACAAACGGAUGAAAGUAAAGUUGCAGAACAACAAUCUUCGUCUCGUUUGCAACAAUGUACAUCUAAUAAACCUCGUGUACGAUGUGUUGCAGAUACUGUUUUGCAACAUGAACCGACCAUGAUGCGAUUGUUAGGAGCUUUAGGUCAUAGCACCGGUUCAUCUCUAGCAAUGCUGCUAGGUGAGAGUGCUGGUGCAGGAACAGCAACUGAACUUGGUGAUCCUGCUUCGAUACCAGAUGCUACAUUCCAACUUUUGACUACUCUUACUAAAAAAGCAAGCAAUCCAUGUGAACAAAGAGAACUAAAUCGACAAUUGGGUGUUAUGCAAUUGUCCGAGCCGCUUCUUUGGUACAUCCUAAGGGUAUUAGACAAUGAAGUAUCACUGGCAAUGUUCACAGCAAUGGAUGGAGUAAAAGUACUUUGUGAAAAUUUGGUUAAAUCAAGUAACAGUGGUAAUACUAACUCUGCUUCGCCUGAUGUGAUUGCGUUAGUAAUGGAACAUCUUUCGAAUGUUCCUACUGUCUUACCAGCAGCUUCUUCAAGUAGCAAAAAGUCCAUGAAUACGCUAGAGACUUACGAGGAUGGACUAUUAAACUUUGCUCCUUUGGGCGUAAUAUCUUGGUUUAAUCCUGCUGCGCAACCAGCAGAUGUUCUUAUACAGAGUUCCACACCACAUAAACGAGCCAGGACAGCUGCCUGGUUAUAUCAUUGCUUUCCCGAUGAAGCAUGGGUUGAUCUAGCGAUUACUUUACCCUGUGCUAUAUUAUUGAGAAAGGUGGAACUGCAGCCACAUCUUACCUCUUUAGCUACAUGUCCGUCAGCUGUAGCUAUUGAAGUUUCAAGAGAAAGUAACAGUCCUCUAACACCUGUUUGUCCACCGAUGCCUACGGCAGGUUUAACAUUUAUACGCAUCACCUUAUCUCAGCCAGAAGUGGCAACAUCCGUACUUGUACGAUUAUACAAACCGCGUGAUUCAAGAAGUAUAAGUUUAAGUCAGAUUAGAUUAUUAGGUACCACGGCAUUCGGUGAAAUAAAAACAAAUCGUGACACUAUAGACGAAGAACAACUGACCAAGACAAGCUUGGGUUGGUUGCGAUUGCUACAUCAAUGUCUAUCCGUGAGCACGUUGAACAGCAAUCUCGCUGUUAAAGUGCUUAAUUCUGCGGCUUCCGUUGAAGGACUGGUUGAAGCAUGUUGUAAUCUUCUGUUACUCCCAGCACCAUCUCUUUUUACUCCCAAUCUGGAGAGGGUUCUUUUGCAAUUAGGCUUACAUUCUCGAGAGCUUGGACUUCGACUUAUUGGUCUUUUACUCAACAACAGGUCUACUUCUUUCUUUCAAGGUGCCACAACGACGCAAGAAACAUCAACUGUUCAAUUAGUUGUAGAAUUGUUGCAACAAUUAUGUUCCAUACAAGAUUUUUGCACAGAAGCUCGUAUGACAGCGGUGUUAUCGUGGCUUCAUGCAUCAGCAGUAAAUGGAAUUUCUCGGCCCAGUAAUGGUCCUAAUACCAUUAACCCACCCGCUGUAUAUAUUCAUUGCGUGUCUUCCAUUAUAUGGGAAGCUCACCAACAACAAAAUCUUAAUUAUGAUUUGCAAGCUUUAUUGACAGAUGAACUUUUCAAUGCUCUGUAUCAAUGGACUUUGGUCUUGGGAACGGGUUCUGCUUUAAAACAAGCAAUUGAUUCUGCUCUUUGCGCAUUUUGUUACGUGAGACCUUCAUUGUUUCCUUUGCUUCUUCAAAGAGUACAAAUUUUGGUACCUAACAUGGCAACAGAUCAUUCUGCGUCUAUUUCGGAUGAUCGUAAGGAAAGAGAAGGUCAAACAGAUGAUAGAAAAAGCGAAUUUAAUGGUGAAGAAUGGUAUUAUCGUUAUGUGUUAUCAGAAUAUAAACGGUUAAAUUUAACAGAAGGACAGUUGCUCACUGUAGCUGCAGCCGCUCGGUCUCCACCAGGUAUUCAACAAUUGAUCGAUUCUGGACUUCCUACUUCGUUGACAAUGUUAAUUACCGAUUUUUGCAAUCUGGAAAGUUCACGGCAAGAGCAGGCUGAAAGUAGUAGACGGAUGUCCACGAAGGAUAAUUGUCAGAGCAAUUUAGGAGGUUUGACGGAUAGUGAUAAAGCUGGCGAAAGUUCCAUGGAUACAAAUAAUUAUUUUAGUGGAUUAUGUAUGACAGAACCAGAAAGUAUAGCAAUGGUGUUGGAAUUUUUAACCCUUGUGUGCUCGGAAGGUAGAAUGCGCGAUUGGCUUGGAAAAGAAGGGCGUGGAUUUUGGUUACCCCUUCUUUCUCUUCUUAGUAAUCGACCUGUAGAAAAUCCAUCGUUGUCUUCUUUAAGAUGUUCCAAAACGAGUAUAUCAUACGCGUCAUUAGAAAGUGCAAUGAUUAAGUUUUUAUCCAGGUGUUGUUGGUGCCAUCUCGAAAAUCAAAAAUUAUUAGCCGAAUUAUUAACCGAUGUUAUUUCUCAACAACGAACGACUUCCAAUGUGCGCUACCUUCAUGGGAUUUCGGGUUUCACGAGGCGAUUGAUUUUACAAUUAUUAUUGGAAGGUGAAAAAGUCUUAGUGUCCGUAACUUCCGAUGCACCUAUGAAAGUUUCAAACACAGCAGUCAAUUAUAGUAUGCUGUCUAUGCCUCCACAUCCAGCUCAUCCACUCGGACAUUAUCAUCAAUUACUAUAUAUGUCUACCCAAUCAACCGUUGCGGAUAUAUUGCAACAAGUUUCUGGUACAUGGCUUUUUUUACUGUUGCCAAAUACGUAUAAGGGCACUGACACUGGAGCAAAUAAUAAUCGUUCUAGAGAACUUUGGGAAUCCGGUAUGGCCUUUAUAGUAGAUACUCUUAGCGUAGCUGCAGGAAAUACAGCGAAAGAUAAAAGAGCUAAAGAAGCAUCUAACAGGUCACAAGCUCGUGGCCCUAUCAUAAGAAAGUCACGUGCAAAUUCUGAUGCAGCAGCAAGUACAAGUAAAACAUCGACGAAUAACGUUCAGCAGAAUUCUACCAAUUCUACUAAUCAACAGUAUUUGAUACAUUCAUCACGCCCAAAUACUCCUUUACCACCGCAGCUGACCAUUGCCCAGCUUUUGGCUAUUGCCGAAGACAGUGGGAUAUCUUUAUCAGAACCUUGUUUGCACCUUAUACUGCGUCAACGUAAUAAAGAUUCGAAAGAGGAUAUAACGAAACAAAACGACAGCGAGUUACUGAAUUAUAGAAGUAUAGAAAGCUCGUUGGGUAUUUUCAGCGCGGGUGGUGGUUUAGCGGUGUUAGCCCGGCAUUUACCGUUGGUGUAUCCAGACUCUAGACCGCCACCCGUCCCGUUACCCUCGCCAGAGCAAACAUACGAGGAGUGGGUGAAAUUAGGAAUCACCGACGACGCUUGCGAAGUUGUGGAAGAAAGUGGGAAUAAUUCCUCUCCGUGGGCAUCGUCACCAGCAGCUUACGUGCCACCGCAUUCCCUCGCUGCUUUUGGGUUAUUCCUCAGGCUUCCGGGUUACGCAGAAGUACUGCUGAGAGAUCGGAAACGGGCACAGUGUUUGUUACGCCUUGCUCUGGGUGUUUCGGACGACGGUGAGGGUGGUGAUGUCUUAACAUCGCCAUUGGCCGCGUUGUUACCAACCUUGCCGUUCCAAGUUCUGAAACAAUUGCUUGACGCCACGCCCGCGACCACCGACGAUGGUCUGCUUUUGCGUAAAACGACCAUCGAAGUGGGUGCUAUGCUUUUGCUGUUGAACUGUUUGGCCGUGUUUACCCAUCAAACGAAUCAGAACGAAAACCCGGAGCAAAAAGUAGCUGGCAAUCAGGGUGAGGCAGGACGUAGCGACGAUAAUUCGCAUUUGUACUGGGCGAAAGGUACAGGAUUUGGCACCGGGUCUACGCAGCAAUCGUGGAACGUCGAGCAAGCUUUGAUGCGACAGAGAUCCGAGGAGGAACACGUUACAGUAUUACUACAAGUUCUAGCGAGCUACAUCGGUUCCGGUGGACAAACACAAAUAGAACUGCCAGCGUCUUUCUCCGAUCUGCUAGCCCGAUCGUGUUUACUUCCAGCCUUGUCUUCGUAUCUGAGAAACGACUCGGUGUUGGAUAUGGCGAGGCACAUUCCCUUGUAUCGAGCAGUAUUGCAGCUGCUCAGAGCUAUGGCCCUGUCGAAUCAAUUAGUUCCGCUUUUGUUACCUAGAGGCGGAAAGUCUGGCGAGCCGUCCGUCGUGUCGCUUUUGUCCAGUAUGAGGGUUUGCGUGGACACGUACGUUCACAAGAUUAAUCGCACCAGGAGUAACAAGUCGAAAACGUUGUUCAAAUAUCCGGACGAUACCGAGCAGGACGAAGGUUUAGCAACUUUGAUCCCUGACAUCCAGGAGAGUGCCACCAUAGUGCAAAAUGCUACUUCCAGAUUGUCAGGAAUCGAAGAAGAACUGCCUGGCCCCAGUCCCACGGCUCCAGAAUUACCUCUACGUUCUAUCGAACAACGAUACAUAGAAGUUAUGAAAAAUUUACAAUUUGAUACAUAUGAAAUGAUUACCGAGAAUCCAGAAGCUGGUGGAUACAAGUUUGCCGUCUCGUAUCACUUUGAAUCCACCAUGAGGGCAGCUGGUGAAAGAAGCCAUCCAAUGAGAGUCAAGAGAUUGGCGCAAGAAGCUGUUACACUUUCCACUGCGUUACCUUUGUCAUACAGUAGUAGUGUCUUCGUUAGGUGCGACGCAGAUAGAUUAGACGUAAUGAAGGUGCUCAUAACAGGGCCAGCGGAAACACCAUACGCGAACGGUUGUUUCGAGUUUGACGUGUACUUUCCUCCGGACUAUCCAAACAGCCCGAUGUUAAUAAAUUUAGAAACUACUGGUCGCCAUACCGUACGAUUUAACCCAAAUCUAUACAACGACGGGAAAGUCUGCUUGAGCGUAUUGAAUACAUGGCACGGUCGCCCUGAAGAAAAAUGGAAUGCACACACUAGUAGUUUCCUGCAGGUCUUAGUGUCGAUACAGUCGUUGAUUUUGGUAUCAGAGCCUUAUUUCAACGAACCAGGAUACGAACGAUCACGAGGUACGACGAGCGGGGCUCAAUCUAGUCAGGAGUACAACGCGAACAUUUGUCAGGCUACUGCUAAGUGGGCAAUGCUCGAUCAAAUUCGCAAUCCAUGCCCUUGUUUCAAAGAGAGGCACGAAAUUGUUGCACAAUUAGAAGGAUGGAUAAGGGAUAUGGAACUGCACGGAUCAGAUCGCAGAUUUGGCCGCACUCUUUCUCUCAACGCGUUAGCUUUAAGGAGACACUACAGUUUGUUGAGGGAAGAGCUGAGUAAAUUACCAACACCCGAAGGUCUAGAGGAUUUGGUGGAGCCACUCGCGUCACCGGGCUCUCCGAUCGAACUCUCUAGCACUCCUGGCACCCCGAACACGCCGCCAGCGUCGACGGUUCUACCAACCAGCACGCCAAUUAAUAACUCUGUCGAUUCCAUCAGCAAUGCCAGUGCUAGCACUCACGUGCACCACGACAUCGACACGGACGUUGAGAUGGAGAAGAUGGUUUCAAAAGUGUGUGAAUAGCUAAAGGAUGUUAAUAGACAUUGUUGGACAUUUUAAAAAGUCUAUAUUGUUUGUGUUAUGACGGACAAAUAACGGACUGACGGGAAGAUGAAAGGAAAUCCUAGUACACGGGCAAAUUUCAGUUGUUUGACGGAUGGUUAGAUGAAUGAAAGAUUACA